AUCAGCUGCUGUCCGCUGUUCCAUGGCGUCUGCGGUUAUGUAGGGUGGCUUAUAUCAGCGCGUUUAAGACGCUGAAUUAACAGCUAAUAGAAAUAAUUAAGAAUCCACGGUUCACGAAAGACCUCAGACGUGAAUGCACGGAUACUCCCAUCUGCGGACACCCUUCGGUUCAACGCAACUAAAUGAGCGAGCGAGAGUGGCAACAACCUCGGGAGCCGGAAGAUCGCCAACUUUCGUCAAGCGACGCUCACCGAACAGCCAGUGUACCAGAAACUGAUGGCAGGGAUACCAGUGACACUGUUGCAGAUGCCACCUCCGAUUUCGACACUAAUGGCACCGCCAAUGACUCCGACGAUGAAAACGGAAUCAUAUGCAAAGUGGAGAUGGUGGAAGGAGACGAGGAGAUUCGAGAGUUUGGGGAGGAUUCGGAGGAGGGCCCACGGACCAAGCACACCUGCCCCGACUGCCCUUUCGAGACAUUCGUGCGGUCAAGCCUUGUGCGGCAUCGUCGCAUUCACGCACGCCGCCCACUGUCGUGCCACCUGUGCGACGCACACUACCUUGACCAGACAUCCUUGGCACGACAUCUGCGGACUCACGAAGGUGGCCAGGAGGCGCUGCUUCCCUGUCCCGAGUGCGGCACUCACUUCACUCGCCGGGACACCCUGGAGCAGCACAUGAGGAUGCAUGCGCAGCCCGAGAAGCCCUUCAAGUGUUCCAUCUGCCAGAAGUCAUUCAUGACUUACAAAGAGAUGCAGGCCCACAAAUCGGGCCAUGGGCGCAUAGCUCCUUACGUUUGUGAGGUGUGCGGCAAAGGCUAUCUCCAACUCAGCACACUAGCUGAGCACCGCUUCAGCCACGAGGAGGAGCGACGGUUCCCAUGCACACUGUGUGGCAAGCGCUUCUUCUCCUCCAUGGCCUUGAAACGCCAUGGCCGCGUGCAUACUGGCGAGCGCCCAUUCCGAUGCCUUACGUGUGGCCUCAACUUUGCCAUCAGGGCCCACCUUCUCGCCCACAAGCGCACCCAUACUGGGGAGCGACCCUUUCCAUGUCCCUCAGAAACAUGCCCACAGGCGUUCAGCACUUCAUCGGCUGCAAAGAGGCAUUUUCUUAACAUCCACUCCAAGGAUGCCCAAAAAACCGCAGCAAAGAACAUUGGAGGUGCAGGGCAGCAGACAUCUGAACGUGGUGAUGGUGAAGACUAUAUCUUGGGUUGCACUGACGACAUGGGUGGAGCCGAGAAGCCAGCGGCACCGACGCCACAGGUUUGCAAGACGUGUGGAGCCAGCUUCAAGUCCCGUGCAGGCCUGGCGGGCCAUGAGCGAGCGCACAUCGUGCUGCGGCCAUUUUCGUGCCCUGUUUGCCCGCGGGCCUUUGCGAGUACAGGCGCAGCCUCCAGACACCUCCGCAAAGCCCACAACACGACAUCUACAGCUAUACGACAGUCGGUAGUGUGCUAUGAGCCUGUUGGACCGACUCUGUCUUCGGCUUAGUGCUUGUGACAGAAGUGGCUGCAAGGAAAAGACUGUGUUUGCUUGCACCAUGUGGGAAGGAGCUUGCAUUAGCAUGUGAAAAGUUUGUGGGGGUGGCUGAGUUUUCUUUUAGUAUGCUUUUGGCUAGUGUGAACCAGAGCAAUUUUUCAGGCCGCAUUGAGAGACUGGUACAAGUUAUUGCUGCCCACAUUUGGUUGAGUUAGUGCUUUUGAUGGAAUGCCUACAUGCAGCCUAUAAUAAAACUUUCUCCUCAGAUUGCCCAAAAGAAAGUGCCAUUCGGUGGUGCUCAAAAUUGACUGCAGGAAAGGAUUUUCAUAGCCACAGUAGUAAGAAACCGGAGUACGAGCUUGUGACUGGGCAGAGGAGAUGUUCUUUUAUUUGGAGUGUGUGAAGCUCAAUAUCAGUUCCUAAACCACUAAGCUAGUUUGCUGUGCAACAAUAAUCGACUUUGCCUCUAGGUAUCAAUUCAUCUGUCAUGCUUGCAACUUGAAACAUAUUAAAAUACUAGUUCUAAGCAUGAAAUGCUUCUUGAUCAAAUUGUGUGAAUGGCGGCUUCAAAAGCAGGAAUGUAAGUGCAGUUAAGUUGGUAGGUUACAGUGAAGUAAACAUGAGAAAAAAAAGAAAUUGUGGCUAGACUCUUAAAUUGCCUUACAAAUUUCUAUGAACAUUUGUGCCACAGAAAUUCAGUUUCAUUUAUCACUUUGAAAACGAAGUUGUGAUGCUGCCUUUGCAACCCUUCACAUUAAUGUCGCUGGUAGAAGAGACCAGGAAAAUGAGAAUGAACUUUAAACUGGCUGGGUGAACCGGCUGAAUGAACAACUUUAAACCGACUGGAGACCAGACAAUUUUUUGAGUCUGAAAUACUUGUGGCUAUACCCACAUCCAUCGCUGGCAGGAAAAGCUGUUCACACACUCGCACAGUUUUUUUAAGCACACUGGCCUGACUGAUGUUUUAGCGACCUUUUGUGCAUCUUUUUGUGUGUUCACAGUGGUCACUCAUUCUCUCUCCCUCUUACUAUUUUUAUCUUAACUUCAUUGUAGGUUAGCAAAUCGGACACUCAUCUUUCCUAUCGCUGCUUUCUUUCUAAAGCACUGUUUCGUACUAGCUUAUUGGUGGACACUGAGCAGUGAAGCAAACAGAUGCACAAACAAAAAACCCACUGUCAUGCCAUAAGCGAAAGCUAUUUUGGCAGUUUCAUGUUUAUAUCACCACUGUGAUAUCACUACAUUUUUUUUCACUCAUUCACUGUGCUCCUACUCUCCUCUUAAAAGGGUGACGGGGUGAGCGACGAUGCUUGGCAAGCCGCAUACUAACACAGAAAUAUGGGUGGGGGUGGGGGGCAAGUGCCCGGCUGCCUGUUGUGCCCCCCCCUGGCUAUGCCACUGGUUGCAGAAUCAGAUUCUGGCCACAGCAGCCACCUCACCCACCAUUUGAUAGGGUUGAAAUGCGAAAACACCCAUGUACAGUUUACUGGCCGCAUUGAGAGAUGCACGUUAAAGAACCCCAGAUGGCUAAAAUUAACCCGAGGUCUCCUACUACGGUGUGUCUCAUUAUCAGAUCAGGGUUUUGGCAUGUAAAACCCUAGAAUUUAGUCAAAUCUUAUGCCUGCAAGAUUUCUCACUUCAUCACACCACAAUUCUCUGCCGUCUUCGAUUACGCUUCCUUUCUCUUGGCACCUAUGCUGUAACUCUAAUAGACCACCAGUUCUGUCCUACAGAUUACACGGUCUGCCCAGCUGCAAUAAAGUGAUAGUGGUGUUUAUUUUGCAUGUUACGGGAGUGACCAAAUGAGGCACACUUUAUACGGUGCAAAGCACUAUGAAGGUCAGUGAGGGGAAAAAAAAAUAGAGUCCAAGGUAUCCAAGUCUAAGAUUGAACAUUGAUAAAUUCAUGAAGGAUGAAAUUUUUGUCUGUCAGUGGAAGGAGCUGUCUAUGAAAGGUGGCAGAGUGGCCUGUCUAGUAAUCCAUUUUGUUGCCCUAGCGUAGAGUGUGAAGUGCUCGUGUUUAUCUGUCAUCAUCUCGUCCCUUGCCUUGCGCUACGUGCCUUGGCAACGAAGUCUUCAAACUAAAGCGUUAGCAGUCAGCUUGUGUCAAUACUUCCCCAAGUGUUCAUCACGGCCCUUGGAGUUGUGAUGAACACUCGGUUGUCAUGCAGUGUGAUCGCUGAAUCUCUCAUUUUAGGAACUCUGAGCUGCAAGCUCUGGAUACCUUAUGAAUGCUGAAGCAGCCUAUGUUCAGCAGUUUGAAGUAAGGGAGUACCUAAACUUGGUCUUCAUUUAGAAAAAGUGCAAUCUAAAAUGCAAGCAUGCAUUUCCUGUUAGCAAAAGUCACCCCUGCUAGUGUACAAUUUCUUCCAGUGAUUCUCAAGCUUACACGGCUCACCAUGUCUAUAAGCUGUAAUACAAUGUUUAAAUGUCAAUGUCUCAGUUCUAUUUGUACAAUGAAAUGAAAAAGCCUAUGGCUUCACAGAAAUGGCAAGAGCGGUUGACAGGAUGUAACCCAAACCACAAUUUUCAGAGCACUGAAUCUAAAACAAGAAUGAAGUUUUGAUGCAGCCAAUGCAUCCUCUCUCAAAUCAAAACAUACAUUGGAUACCUCCUAGUAGGACCAUUAGACGACCACUAAAUUUCAGGCUCUUUGAUGGAUUCCUUGUUCCAGAAACUUUUUUAAAUCAGCUGUAGCUGUAUACUAGGACCUAAUGAUGUGCACCUGCAUAUGCAGCUAAAACAGAGACCAGCCCUUCAACUUUCUUGCUAUAGGCUACCAUGUGUUUUUGUUUUGUAAUUUAGUGAGGACAAUUAUAUUAAAAUGGAUAUACAAUUAAACGAGUACUGACGUUUGACAUUUGUCGACAUGUAAUUUUAAAUUUUCUUGCUAUAAAUGAAGAUUCGAGCCCUCUAAAGCCUAGAAAAAGCACUGGCAAGCAUCAGAGAACCCCAAAUAAUUAACUUUAGCCUCUUCCAUGCCAUGCUACUAUCUCGAAUUUUGAACAAAAGUGGCUGGGCGUAGGGACUAGUUGGUGCUGAUAAUCUGUUUUCCCAGCGCCGUAUGUCCAUUUUGUUCAUGUCUAACGUGCUGGGAAUCAUCAACCAAACAUGGCCAAAUUAUUUUGAAAACCCCAGUUGCCAACUUGUUUCACUUCCUCUGCCAGAAUAAACUUGCUCGUACCUGUGCUGCCCACGGUUGGUGUGCUGCCAUCUACCAUAAGCACUGCGAAGAGACCAGCUUGUUCAUGGCCUUGCUUGGAAAUUAAAAGUACCAUCGGUGAGCUGAGCUCGUUCUUUGUCGUUAUUACCAGAAGCAUGUGAAUGAACUCAGCUCACCCAUGGCACGGAAGGGAUUAAUACAGAGCACUUGUUUUUGUGAAUUGGCUUUGGCUUCAACAUUUAGCAGGUAGAUACGUCAUGACAUCAUGACACAUUGGCUUAUAACUUUCCCGCGAUUGCUGCAACUUCCACUGACAAGCUCAGGCAGAAGAAACAGGCAAAGCACUGAUGUAUAUUUCUUUAUGAGCAAGUUUAUCAUCCCAAGUUCUGUUGCUACACUACGUCAGGAAAUAUUGCACUGUGUCAGGAUGUCACGAUAAUAUUGAUGAUGCCAGGUCUGAUGUUUCGAGACCAUCAUUAGGAUCAAGUUAAAACAUCUUAUAAGUGCUUCUCAACCUUUAUGCAUGCUAAGUACAGUAAAACCUCAUUAAUACGUAGUUGGCGGGGAACAUGGAUCAGGUAUGCACUAGGAAAUGUACUAGUUAACUGACAGUGGCACAUGAGCAGCUAUUGACCCUUUUCAUGGUAAUCCCACAGGUGCUGGCAUGUUUGAUCACAUAGUGCCGCAUCCAUUGCUUGCCUCAACUGCCUCCAUUGUUUCCAUGUUUACAAUGGGUUUGUAUGAUGCCGGUGUGGCUUAGCAAACCUCUGUAUCUGGAGGUAUAGCAGACGAUGACUGGGUAGACGAAACAAAGCUUUGGCCACAACUUCAAGAACAUGCAAAAGCACUUUUUGAGCUGUUUAAGCUAUGUCCAAAUGGCACGAGCAGUGUAUAUAGUGCUUGUUCUAAAAGCUGGGCCAAAUAUGUAUUCCAAGCUAUCCAAACAUUCCACUCGUAAAUUGAAUCAGGAUUAGCGCAUUUUGCUCUUCAUUCCCUGUUUGGCAAAUAUUUUGAAGUGGUGGCUUGUCACAUUUCUGACUUCUUCGGUGCAGUCACUAACUGAUUAUCUUCUGCCUAAUCGCUCACAGGUGUGUUCACUACCGGUAGAUUUGUCCUUGCUACGCGCAAGGCUUGAAAUGUAGCUGUUUUGCACCUUUUAAUACCUUGUAGCAAAGAUGUGUUAUCGCUAGUAACUUGCUUACUCUUGUGAACAGUCACGAAACAUUCAGCUUCGACCGUUCAUGCACUAUCGAUGUUGUCCGUCAAUUAUUGUGCAUAUAUGGUGUGCAUAUAUUCAAGUGUGGGCCCAUUCCCUCGUAGACACAUUGGCGAUAGAAUGGGCGUAAGUGUCUGUGCCAGUUGGGGUGGAUGGGUGCUGAUACUGUGCAUGAAACUUACUAUGACAGGAAGCAGCACUACUCUCUUUGUCAUUGUUUAAUUAACGAGCGCUACUCACUCUUGCCGAUGUUCCUGGGCUGAAGCACUCACUGUGAAGGUGAGCAAUACAGCUCUGGCGGAUGAGAAAAUUUAUGUAUCCUCGAGGAAACCUGUACAUCUCCAAGUGCCAAUAACAAGUACAGACAGUUGCAGCAGCAGUCUGCGAACUUGUCCACACAGAUUCAUUCCAUUCCUUAGUAUACCAGUCAAUAUUUUUGUAGCCAACCACUCCACAAGUCUUUAAUCCGCAUGAUUCAAUCCAGAUGAUUGGAUCACAGUGUGUUAGCAAAAACUCAGUUGCAUUUCCAACAGCUGGUCGCACAGAAGCAACGUGGAAGCGGUAGUGGUUUAAUGUUUAUGUGCUGUCACUGAGGCUACGUGCAGCGCGCCACCGAAAGCACCAUCUCAUUUCUCUGGAACAAAGUGCUCCGCGAAAAGGGUCAAUAGACUUACCAGCCAAAAAACAAAAUGUGUUAGUUCUCACUUAAAAACAGAUGCAGGCAAGCUUUGUUUGCGAGCAGACAGCAAACUUUAGAUUCACUUGCCACCGUGGCAGCCUUGCAGCGACGAUGCCAUCCUCAAAGUCGCCAAGGCCACAAGCCAGUUUCUCCAACAGGCCCCACUUCUCCGCGUACACCCUCAUGACGCUUAACACACUAGCUGCGUUGAAUAUGGAAGGGCCAUCAUCUUCGUUAUCAUCCAUGAUGACAACACGGAAGUCCUAGGAGCUAUGGGAGCAGGAAACAUGUCAUGGCUACCAUGUUUUGAUGUCACUGUCGGUGGAAACUGCAGUCCAGGAAAGGUCCGUGCACUGCAAUUUCACUAUUUAUGGUCUGCGCGCACAAUAUUUUGCUGAUCCCAUGCUUGUAUGUGCCGAAAAAUGAAGUAAAUACUAUGCACUAACCAUUUGGCAUGGGUUAAGCGACUGUGGCUUACGCGGUCAGCCAAUAAAUUAGGUUCAAUGGUGACAGGGCGGGGGAUUCAUCGCCACUAUACUUAAACAGAAAUUACUUAAUAAGCAGCUACAUAUUAACGAGGUUUUACUGUAUUGCCUAUUACAUGUGAUAACCUUGUGGUAGUUCCUAAAAAUUCGAAAAUAUGUGUCCGUACUCCUUUAAGAAAUGAUACAUUUAAUAAUCUAAAGAAUUGCAUUAACUGGCAAUCCUCAGCUGAACUCUACAGCAUGAAUUAAGCAAUGUUGUGGUUGGGUACCAAUAUAGUGAAGACUCUGUCGAUCUCGACAAGUUCACUAUUGUGAGGUUUACUGCACUUCUGCCGGUUCACAGGGACGCUAAAGGAAGGUAUUAAAUUUGGUGGUUCACGGUGAAGUAGAUACGGUGACUGGAUUUUAGUGAUAGUGAAAAGAAAAAUGGCAAGGUGGUGUAUGUAGAGAUGGCGUGGAACAGGUUGCGUGCAGAUGACUAUAUAAUAAAGAAGCAUUUCAUGCUUAGAGCUAGUUCCAGGUACAGAUUAUGCCGAGUUUCACUCAAACACAAACUAGAAUGCUUGCAUCCCUGUCUUAAAGAUUUUAGAAUGUUGGUUUGCGGAAUGCCGACUGUAGCAAGCUUUGUCCAACAUGAGGGUACGAGUUGAACACUGAGAAGCAGCAUAAUUAAACAGUGUUACCCCAACCAGCUUUUGGUGGUCUAGCAUUUUUUCUUUCACGUUAACGUGUGGGUGUAAUUAAGAGGAUGCUUUAGCUCUAUGCCAACUCCAACUUCCAUAUUCAAAUACAUGUAAAACACAGAAAUGCUUUCAUCAGAGAACCGCUGGACCGAUUUGAGUGAAAUUCAUUACAUAUAAGGGAGAAAGCUGAAUUUUAGUGGCUGUACGAAGGAGAAUUUUAUUUGGGGCCUGAAUUUUUUUUUGGCUAUUGCUGAAAGUCGGCAAGUUCCAAAAUUAUUGAAGUCCGGAGUUCACAAAUGCGUAAUUAUGCAUCAAAAACAGAUAUCGCACUUCUGUAAACUGCAUCUGUUGGAGCAUCUGAAGCAGACAAAUUUUAUAUACGAGUUUACAGCUUAUGUGAAAUUGAUACAAUCUUUAUAGAAGUUUUGAAAAAGUCCUGCUCGCAGACUAGUGGUAUACUUCAGAGCUGUUUAUAGUACAUCAAAUUUGUAUGCUUUAGAUGUCUCAGGGGCAGUUUACAGAACUGCAAUAUCAUUGUUUAUUGCAGGGUUAGAGAGUUGUAACCUUUAUAUAUACUUCAGUCAUGUGUGUUUUGUUUUUCAAUUUUGUAAUUUUUAAAAAUGUUUGUAAAGAAAAUUGAUGGCCUAAAUAACAAAUGUACUUCCUACCGCAGGUAGGUUUUUUUUUUCUUUUAAAUGCAACAAACUCCAUCAAAUUUAGUGUAGUCAUUGCAGAGCAAAACAAUUUCUUUUUUCCCAUGCGUUUAAAUGGGAGCUCUCGAGCUAAAGCUUUCUUUUGAUGUUGAAGUGUGGUGAAUGUGUGUAAAUGGGUGAGCAACUGUUAAUAUGUAUGUCUCUGUAAUGUUGGGCAGCUUUGUUAAAGCCAGAGUUGUUUGAAUGCUGCCUCCUUAAUGAACGGUGUAACAAAUUCAAAGGCAGUAAAAGAUUGAAUGUGUGUGAUUGCAGAACAGGCUGUUGUCAUAAUGUAAAGAUAACUCUUGUAGCAAAUCUUUGGUGAAAAGUGUGUGGUAUGGAAGUCUUGAAAAUGAAUUGUAGGUAGGAGAAUGCCAAUGAACAAGGUAUCACUGACAAGAUGUCCGUGAGUGUGUGAAACACUAGUGUUGUAACUUGGGACAAGUGCAGUUCUUUCAUUCCUGCAGCUACAGUAGUUUGAAUGUAUCUUUUCAAAGGUGCAAACUAACAUGUGAAGGGCUCUUAGUUUUACAAUGUGUGCCACUUGCAACUUUAGAUGUUACUACAAUUUGCUUCUUAAAAAAUAUCGCAAACGUAUGUUAAUAGUACAGUCAACUUCCAUUAAUUGGAUCUUGGUGAGACAUACAGAACUUAUCAAAUUAUCCAGUGGGUCAAAUCAAAAGAAAGAACAGAGAAAAAAAAAUAGCCCUGAACAUAUGCGGCUUUAUGUGGCAGUAUUUACACAAUACCAGCAUGCCCCUAAGUAUAGUCCAACACACACCUGAUUUUAUAAAAACAAAUAUGUAGUAUGCCUCUGAUUUUGCCAUUCAGAAAAAUGCUGAAUUUAUCUUCACAUAAUGGAAAUUUAUUUUUACUUAAAUGUGCAUUAUCAUCAUUCUCAGGCAGUUAAAAUGUUGCUGAAAUGUCGGCGGCCUUGUUGUCACAUCGCUAAAAAAAUAGCUGAUCGCUAAAUAGAAAAAUAUUUUCUUAAACAAACCAAGAAGUCUCUCUAUUUAGUGCCUAAAUUGGUAAAAUAGCAACACUAAUUGGGACAGAGGCCCACAUCUGUACUAACCGCUUUAACAGUUUAUCAUGUGAUGCAAGACUCCGACACACAAAAAGUAUGUAACGCAACUCCUAUGGCACCAACUUAGCAUGUGAAAGUGGCAUGUCAUCACCGCCAAUCUACAGGAAAACUUGUUCUCUCACCACCUUGAAAUCACAAUGGCAAUCCACAAUGCUGCAAAUGCAGUUUCGGUUUUGUAUCAGAUUGUACCCUGCGGAAAAGUUUCAGACAUUUUCUUGUAAAAAAAAGGUGUGUGUUGGAAUCUGGUAAAUGCUGUUAUCAUUCAUUGUGCGCUGCCAUUUUUGCUUGAAAAUCAACCAUGGGCAGGCCAAAAAUUAUUGUUUUUGACUUCUGUCUUCAAUCCAUCCAUUGACCCCCGGCACUGCCAGAGCAGAUGCUGUAGCCAUUGGAGACAUGAUUGAGGGCCAGGUGCAUGUGUGCUAAGCUUUUAAGUUUGAAUUAUCCAGGAAGCGUCAAUUUUAGGACCAAAGUAGCGCAAGUCCUGGCCCAUGGGUGCUGGCCACAAUAUUCAUUUGGGAUUAAAUUCACCAAAAGAAUUGAAUUAAUCGGAGUUGAAUUAGCAAACGCCUAAUGUACCAUAUUAUUCCUGUGCUAUAACAUAUCAUAACCCUGAUACAUGUUUCUUUAACCUGUAAUGUGCUUAGGUGGUGCAACUUAUUUUGUUUUUGCUUCCAACUAAGCAGGCCAAGCGAUACAGUCGUAGUGCAGUAUUCAAGCGCAUUGUCAUGCAGUGCGCAAAUCUGACAAAAAAAAAAUCUAGUCUUUUUUACCAUCUUGAGGACAACUUAUUCUGUGAAUGAACUGAGGAAUCUCCUACCCAUUAAAAGCAAACUUGCUGGGUCAUGGUUGUCUGUGCGGCGUAUUUUAGCUGCCAUGAAAUUUAUUUGCUAUGUGUUGGUAUCGGCCCUCUAUGUUACAUGUGUGGAACUAGACUGAGUAAGUUUUGUGUAAAUCUUUUUCAUUAACUGCCAUCAAGAUGCACUCUGUUCUUUGAAGCUGUUCCCAGUAGAGGUUAGUACUAGGUCUAACUAAACCUUUAACAUGAUAAGCAGUUUACAGCAUUGCAAAAAGCUUCAUUGUCUAAGGUCUACCAUAACUAAAAAGAAAAGCAGUGUCAUCCGAUUACACCCUAUUAUCAUCCUCGAAUUUUACUGGUAGGCUCUCUUGCAUGGUGUGUGUGUGUAUAUGAUUUUGUGCCAGGGAACUUUCAGAUUGCAUCAAUUUGAAGAUUUUUUGCAAGAUUGCUAAAGAAAUGAAGAGGUUAACAAGCUUAACAUUGCUAAAACACCAUUCUGGUAAGCAAUUAGCCACACGAAUGAAAGCCAAACAGUGCAUUUGUGCAUGUAGGUUGGAGGUGGGGAGUGAGGACCGUUGAGAGUGGGCAUGGAGAGAGAAAACAUACAUAGUUUAUUCAUAGAUUAGGAGACCCCGAGUCCACGGUUCUUCUGCUGUGUUACCUUCGACGUCAUCCUUUGCGGCAUAAGUAGAUAUGGCAUUCACAAUGCCUAGAGCAAUGGUUCUCAUCCAAAAGGUGCAGGGAGUGUUCAUAUACCAGUAAGGUAGUAGGGGGAAUGGAGCAUCUAGGUUAUGGGAAAGGGCUGCUGUAGUUAUUGUAAUAUGAUGCAUGCUGCAGCUGACCGAGUAUGAAUUUGACUUUGUUUUGAUGCAAAAUCGUCAAAUCGCCAGUUGCGUGAAAAAGCCGCCGGUGUCUGUAGCAACAAAAUUUUCCAUUGGCUACAACGUCACUGCACCAUGGCUGCAAUGUCACUAGUGCGCCUCGUGUGCUCGUGACGCUGGCUCGGAUUUGCUGGCUCGGGCAUCGGCGGAGCAGAGCGGGCGAAAGGGAGCACCUGCUGCCGUGGUAUUGCGUGAGGGGGGAGGACAUCACCCCAACACCACGUCGCCCUCCCUCUCGGAAGCCUCUCGGAAGCUCUCGCCUGCAUUCUAACUGCGUCUUGAUAAGGCAAACUCAAAACCUGCCAAGCGUCUCAACGCGCUCGUUUGCCCACGAGGAGUUCGUAACUUGAAGAACUGCUCAGCGGCGUUCAGUAGGACAUUAAUGCUUUUGCACUCACAACUUGUAAGAAGGUAAGAAGUGCUUAGGUGUCCUCGGAUUUUUAUUGAUAUCCAUCUACUAGCUCAUUUGUGCUUUCUGAUGUCAUCACUGAGUGUUUAAGCAACACCAUAAUAGGCAUUGUGUGUACAUGAUCUGACUAUUUAGUAAUGCACAUCACUCUGUCUGGUUUAUAAGUCAUAUAGAUGAAUGAUGGACACAUUAGGUCAUUAGCAAUGGUUUCACGGGCCCUCAAAAAUUUUUUAACAAAUCUUGAAGGGUUCUGUUUGCUUCUAUGGGUUCCUGUGCUUCUUUUUUUUUUUGGUACUGCUUCUCUCUCUAUUGGAGGCUGCAACAAGCUCAACAGUGCAAGAAAGUGGGCUAGUUGUUUGUUUAUUUUUGUCGCUCACGCUUACUUGUAGAUCGACAUGAUACACUCUGUGUACUGCAUUUAUUUUGUGUGUUUUGUUAGUGACCAAAGUAAUGCAACAAGCAUAUGACCCAGCAUGCAUCUGUUUGAAACCUGUGACAGUGGGUGUAGCAAUGUUUUAUGCCCUCUGAAGAAAAAAGUAUGAGUGAACCUACAGUAAAGUCACCAAUGUGAUAACUUAUGGUAUAUUCGGCUGGUUGCUUUCAAGCGCUCAGAACACAUUCACCUGGUUCAUUCCAAGCCCUCAAAGACCCUGUCACUUUCAAACUUGGAAGUGUGGCCACUAAGUCGAAGCACUGUGGGAACCAGUCGAAUCUACCAUUAGCUAGCAGUUGGCUAGAACUUGUUCAACAUUUGAAUUUAACUGUGUAGGAAUGUAUUUACUGUAGCCCAACAUUUAAAAUAUUAUAAAUAGUGGGCUAUAGUUGCUAAACCGUGUGUUGAACUACAGAAAUAUUCGUUACUGUCAAUGAGUCUAAUAUCCUCCCACAAUAAGUUAUGAAGCUUUGACCUUGCACAGGUGUAAUAGCGGACUAUGCUCAUUUGCAGAUAUACUUUUUUGUUGCUGUUGAUCCUUUUGAAGUCUUUUAUAUACAUUCCUUAACAUAUUAAGUGAAUGCAUGAGCAAGCAUUUGUUGUAGGCAGGAGCGAGAAGAAUGAGGGAAGUCGAGGAGCUUGAUUCUUUUGUUAGUGCCACUUCAAGACAACAUUUGUAAAUAAUUUUGUUUGCAUUGAAACUUGAGAUAAAGAAACGCUACUACCGUUGCUCCUGGCUGACCCCAUCCUUCUAAGUUCUUUAAUAUAUAUUGCAUGGACAGUUUGUCCCUUAUGCUCACGCGAGAAUUUUAAAGAGGAUUGUUGUUGGAGAAAGAAAGCAGGCUUUCUGUCAAUGUGCUUGAUUGAUAGGAUACAUUAGUAACAUGUGUGGGUGAUAAAAUGCUUAAAUGUCUAGAAAUUCCUUGGUUCUAUUUUAUGUGGUAGAUGUUGGAGCAUGUAUCUGCUCAAAUUACUUGGCAGUCCUUGCACCAUAUCCUGGUAUUCUUGCACAAUUUAUUCUCUGGUUAUUUCAUGAGACCAUGAAUGUGAAUGCUGCACACUUUUGCAUUGAUUUCUCUUAAGGUGCAGGUGAAGUCAUUUUGGGGAGGAAAAGAGAAAUUUAGUCAAAUACUGCCAUUUCAAAGCAGUGCUGGUCGGCCUCAUUAUUUGUUAUAUGGCUGUAAAUUUUUUUGACUCUCUGAUAGGCAAGGUGACCCAAGCUAGCUUGACAAGUGUACUUGGUUUCUGGUAGGAAAAAAUAAGGGAACUGCUGUCUGAAUAAGUAAGAUUCAUGUUUGGUAAUGUGUGUACAUACAAUUUGCUAGGAUGAGUACAGCUGAGGCUAAGCACUUGAAGGGUCAUGUUGAAGGAAAUCAGUGCCUGGUCUCAGUGCUAGCUUCCGGCCUUCAGCUGCCCAAUUAUGACUUUGUUCAAUGCUUGGGGCAGGUGAUGAAAAAGAAAUUAUUCACUUGACAGCUCACUACUAGGCUUUUACAAGUCCACUGAGAAAGGGCUCUUUUUUUCCUUUCUUCUUUUUGGCUAUUUUUCCUAAGAAUAGACUGCAGCUAGUCAGCUGUGCCCUGUUCCAGGUUGGAAACAUGCAAGCUGUGUGAAAGUCGCCAGGUUCCUCUUGUUUUGCUAGCUUGGUGAGUUUAAGUGAUAAGUGCUCACAAAUGUUCUCACUCUUUGUCAUUUAGGCACCCGAAGGAUGUAUCAGUUAGCAUGUUUUGCUGGUGGCCGGGUGCACGCAUUCUUUAAAAUUUAUUGUUUGUAUGUAGACAUAUUGUCUAGGUACCACUAAUGGCAGCUCAACACAUAUAAGCACAAUAGCGCAUUACUGGUUAUUGUGUUUGUGAUUAGUCUGGAUGAACAGUACACUGACCUUCAUUUUUCCGAUAAUCUUAUAAGAAAAGGUUUUGCUCUUACCACUGCAUUGCUUUUGCUCAAAUUUCACAGUAAGAUAGCAUAUUAUGGCCCUAAUCAUUCAAUAUAACACUUGGUGCUGGUACUCGCCUGGUUUGUCAACAACAAAAAUUGACAUUGCCUUCAUCUGCACCCCCAAUAGCGAGCAAUGUCUGUGGUGGCUAUGAUGUUACCUGGCACCUUCUGGCAUCUGCAAUGCCGCAAAGCAUGGCCUUCAAGGUUCAAUGUGGACACCAAGAGGCGAAAGCAAAUACACCCUUUCCUGUUUUGACCAACCAGCAAGGACAGUGCCAAAUGCUGUUAUGAACAAUUUGGACCAUAGCAUGCAGCCUUGCUGUGAAAUUUGAGCAAGAACAAAGCAGGGGUAGUUUCAAAAUCCUUUUAAAGGUUUUUAAGCGAAAAAUGCAGGUCACCUUAUAACUGUAGCAAACUCCUUGCAGCACUGUAACUAGAACUUUAAUCUAUUGGGUGUUUCCAACCUUCUGGUAACCUGUUUCUUUUUCUCAGCAUGGUUAUCUUGCAGGAUAUAAAAAGUUUCUGCAAGAUUUUCAAUACUAGAAGUUUACCCUUGGCUGUACCUCUGUCUCUCUCAUGUGCUCAGUUAUUUAUUCAUUUUCAAAAGUGUUGCUUGCAGGUGCAUUUGUAUGUAUAAGCACAUUUUGUUUUAAACAGAAAAGAUCAUUCAUAAAGUACGAUUUCCUUGUCA